AUGGCCAUUGUUGGAAGUCCGACGCAGCUAGGAACAACAGACGAGGAAACGUGGGAGGCGUGUCAAACAACGUGCAGCGUGGCUGCUGCCAAUUCAGCUUUCAUCAAAGAAAGCAACUUGAACCAUGAAAAUGAACGUGGGUUUGCCAAGAUGAAGUCGGUGCACCCCAAAGCAAGGGCCAUCGGCCUUAAUCCAACCGCGCCGUACGAGGUCCGACGUGGUGAGUGA